AUGUAUGACCAACAUAAUAAUACAUCUGCAACGACAACGGCAGCACCGGCAUCAGCACCGUCAUCGAUCCCGAUAAUGACAGCAGCAACCACUUCAGCAGGCGCAGCAGCAGCGGCACCAACAAACACAUACCGACACAACUACAACCUAAAGUAUAAUGAGAUCAUCAACUCGAUUGCUGUCAACAAGGAGGGCAACUACGUGUGUCUCGGAGGCAAGAAGUUCCUGCAGAUCGUCGACCUCGACACGCUCAAGAACUACAAGUGCUUCCAACAGCAGAGCAAGUGGGAGGUUGGCGGUGUCGACUGGAACAAUCUCUCUCCCAACCUAAUAGCAUCAUCCUCCAAUCAAUACGCAUCGAUUUGGGACAUCAACUCUCCAAAGUUCCCCUUGCAGGUACAGUUUGUGUCGCACAACAGAGCGAUUGCAGACCUUUCAUGGAGCUUGUUUGAACAGAACAUCCUGGCGACGACCUCUGCAGACUCAUACGUCAAUCUCUGGGAUCUUCGAUCGCCCAAGCGAGUGAUGCGCCUAAAGUCGCUCAGCUCACACAUCUUGGGCGCCAUCCAGGUCAAGUGGAACAAGUUCAACUCACACAUCCUGGCAUCGGCACACGAAAGCAAUCUGAUGAUAUGGGACAUAAGAAAGGAGAAUAUAGAGCUAAACACAACGGUGCACUCCUCAAAGGUCUAUGGCAUUGACUGGUCGCCGCACGAUCCCACCGAGAUCCUCACAUGUAGCCAAGACAAGACCGUCAAGAUAUGGUCCUAUCCCAGUCUUCAACCCAGGGCCAUAAUCACCACAGCUCAUCCAGUCCUUCGUGCCAAGUACCUUCCUAUUGGAAGAGGAAUAGUUACCAUAUCAGAUAGAGGAGAGAAUAGUAUUAGACUUUGGAAUGUGAAUGACUUGUCGUCACCAGUGGCAACAUUCAGUGGACACUCUGAUUGUGUGCGAGCAGUGGACUUUAGAGUCAAGACAACACCCAAUGAUCAGGACAUUCAGAUCGUCUCGUGGUCAAAGGAUCAGAAUCUACGAUUGUGGAAGCUGGAGAACUCGCACAAGGCCACUUGCGGCAUUGCCUUCACCAGCUCCACGCCCCUGUUGGGCUCGACGCCCAAUGUCAAUCUGUCACCGGGUGGCGGCGACAUCUCAGUCCUGUCGCACUCGAUGAUGUCCAACAGCUCAACGUCCAGUCUGCAUUCAGUAUUGUCCAAUGACAACAAAGAGGCAUUGGAUAGCAUCAUUUAUAAGUCACAGCAACAGAAUGAAGAACAACAACAGCAGCAACAACAACAACAACUUCAACAUCAUCAUCAUCAUCAUCCAGCCGAAGAAUAUAUUGGACCAAAGGAGUUGGAGUACGAGCUUAAGAUCAUUCAGAACAAGUUCAUUGACAAGUCGCUAAAGAUCGAGCAGGUCAACCUCGCACAGAGGAUGUGCAUCUUUAGCUGCACCGUGUUGAACAUGUACAACGAGAAUGGAUCACUGCGUAACAGCAAGGGCAACCUUAUGACCGACCUGUCGUCCUCACACGACGAAGACGACACCUUCCUCCAGGACUCACUCUCCAUCACCACCGUCCAGCUGCGCGCCACCUUCCCCUCGAUGUAUCCACAGAGUGCCCCGCCACGCUUUGAGUGCAUCCCAGCAGCCUGCACCACCUCGCUCAAGACCAACACAAACAUCCUCGCCACUCUACACGAAGUAGCUGCGAGCAGGCUGGGCAAGCCAUGUCUUGAGCAAUGCUUGGUGACUCUGGUGUCGUUGGUCAAGAAAGAGGUGAUGGACAGGGCCAAGGGAAUCAUUCCGGCCAGUCCCAAUCCAGUGGCCGCCGCUGAUCACCCUUUCAUCAUGGGCGAGGGCAACAACAACAACAAUCUAUUGGAUGGAUUUAACAAUGCAGCUGCUGGCAGCUUUGGUGUCAACAACAACAGCAGUGUCAAGAGUAUUGGCAGCAGUGGCAGCAACAGCGGAUUAUCGAUGACCACGAGCAAGGGCAGCAGCAGUAGCACAUCAAUAUUGAAUGAUCUUGUGAAUCAUGAUCAUUCUCACAAUCAUGUUCAUCAUCAUAAUCAAGGUAGACAAGUGCCCAAAUUAGAUAUAUAUAGUGUAAAUAGCAGUAAUAGUAAAGACUCCACUCAACCAACAGCGACAACAACAUCAACAACAACGACAACUACAUCAACCACCUCAACAUCCACAUCUGGCGCAGCACCAACAUCAUCAAGUCUGUCUGCACUCAUCAACAACAACAACAACAACAUAUUACACUCAAGUCCAAGAAUGAUAUCGACCACAUCUUCAAACAACAACAACGUCAUCAGCAACAGCAAUAACAAACUGUUACAAGCCGACAACAACAACAACAACAAUAGAUCGAUAAUGUCCAAGUCUUAUGAGAAGCAACAGCUGAUAGCAGGCCUUGGUACAUCACAGACAAAGUCGUCCGACAUCGACUCACCACCUAUACUGCGCACGCCAACCAACGAUCGAUCACCCUUGUCCAACUCGUACAAGGAGUCGAUGCUGUGGGCCGCUGCACCAUCAGCAAGCGUCUCCUCCGACCUCUCACUGUCAUCACACCGCAAUCCUUUAUUGUCAUCGCCCUCCAACCGCAACCCCAUCGAGACCCUGCCAUGCCCACGUCUGAGCGGUGCUGUGUUUGGCGGCGGCGACCGUCUGGUGAUCUUCAAGAACACGGUCGGACGUCCCGCCCUACUCAACACCCAUGCGCCACGCACCUACAAAGACCUUCUUGCCACGAGCGUCCAGCCCAAGACCGGUGAGCAGCAGGGCAAGCUAACACACUCGCUCUCCUCCACCAUCCUAACAUCACCUGCCAAAUACGACAGUCCAAUACUCUCAUAUAUGUCACCAAGCUUUAGCUCAUCACCGACGACGUUCACACUCUCACCUCUGAUGGCUAGCAAUCAAUCCAAUCAUUCUGGACACUCCUCUGCCUUGAUCACAACCACUGGCGGCACAUCAUCAUCACCAAUGUCACACCUGGUGAAGAUUAUUGAUACUCCACUCUCGCAAACCUCUAUCUAUUUGGCCAAGAACUACACGCUGUCCGGCUCGAUCAGUCACAUCUGCAAGCACAAUGAGAAUGUGGCCAAGUCUGUACAUAGAAAGGACCUGGUCAAGCUGUGGUCCACCAUCAACAUGCUUACCGACACCAAGCUGUUCAUCACGGCCAACUCGGGCAAGAAGCAGCAGAGUGCUCUCCACGCAGACGACCUGUGGAUCCACAAUCCACUCGGCCGUCCCUUUGUCCAGACACUAUUCACCCACUACAGGAAGAUUGGAGACACUCAGACACUUUCGAUGCUUGUGUGCAUGUUGGUGAUGGCUGCCCAACGCCUGACCAAGCAAUCCAAGACGCAGUCCAUGCCCAUCACCUCACCGCCCCUCGAAUCCAGGAUGCCGCCCCAGUCGCCACUGCACAUGAGCCAUUCAUUCAACAGCACCGGACUGACUAACUUCCUGGAUGACUCGAUGGUGAGCCGAUCCUACCAUCGCUUGGACCAGCACAUUGGACAGGCGGUGGGCGCCACACCCGUGCUCUCCUACGACCCCUCGCUCUGUCUUCUGUCUCCAAACAACCUGCGCCACUACGACAAUCUGAUAAUGAUGCACGCCGAGCAGCUGUACCGUUGGGAGCUGCUAGAGAAGCGCGCGGAGACGAUGAAGUUCCUGCACUUCCAUCACCAACAGGACAUCGCCACAGGAGUCAGUGGUGGCGGCCCGGCCAGGAGCAUCCAGUUCCACAUCAGCUGCAUCCGUUGUCAGAGACCACUCGCUGACAACUUCUGCACCUACUGCAAGAUCUUUAUAUUCAAGUGCGCCAUCUGUCGUCUGUCGGUGCGCGGCCUAUCCAGCUUCUGUGUGCAGUGUGGACAUGGCGGCCACAGCGAUCACAUGAAGAAGUGGUUCGAAUCAUAUGGCAGUUGUCCAACAGGCUGUGGAUGUGUAUGUAGUGCUCAUCACACUUCCAAUGCAUCCUCUGCCACUGCUUCACCCACCGUCAACAUCAACUCGAGCAAGAUAAGUCUGUUGCCCGAGCCUGCACGACCUCCCACCACGUCCUCAUCCGCUGCCACUCCACACAACUUCCACUUCUCGCCCUAA